AUGACAUGGGAGCACAUAGUGAGGAGAUGGCUAUCUGCUUGCUCACUGAUCAAAACAUCCGCAGAGCAGAUUCAAGACAGCAAGGGGAAUGUUAACAGCGAGCCAUACACUUUAUCUCUCGAAAGUUGUAGCGAAAGCAUAUCCGACACAGAAACAAAAGAAAGCAGCGAAGUCACCCGGCGACGUCGAUUCCAAACUGCCCUGACUGUAGUAGGGAAGAACCAGUACGGACUAGUCCAUGACUUUCCUGUACCGGAAAUUCAGAAUUCGGAUGAGAUCCUAAUCCGCAACCACGCAACAGGACUCAACCCAAUAGACUGGAAAUGUGUCGAUUACAAUUUCUGCCUUCCCAAGUUCCCAUGGGUGACAGGCAGGGAGUGCGCGGGUAUAGUAGAAGAAGUUGGAUCGUCCGUUACUCUGUUCAAGCGUGGGGAUCGUGUCUGGACAAGUACCUAUUACAAAGAUAUUCGCGCCGGAUGCUUUCAGGAGUAUCUAGUAGUGCCUGCGCACACUGUCUGCCACGUUCCGCAUACAAUGACGCUCGAGGAGGCCGCGUGUCUCGGCGUCUGUGCGUUGACGGCGGCCGUCACGUUGUGGCAUUGGCUCAAGAUCUCUAUGCCAUCACAAUUGACCGUCGAGAAUGGCGGUGCGGUCCUGCCAUCCGUCCAAACUUGGCCUCCCUGCCAAGAUGAAUAUGUUUUGGUUUGGGGUGGUAGGGAUCUAAAGGAAAGGGCCUAUAAGGAGCUCUAG